AAGUUACAAACAACCCGAAGAAAGGUCGUGCCAUUUCACCACUUUAACUGUAAUCAUUGUAACCAUUGUAACUAUCGUAACCACCGUUCGCCGCUUCAUCUUCCAACUCGUUCCCAAUUAUAAGUCGUCGGUGGUCUUGCUCCUGGUGUUGCACAUCCUACGCCUACGACUUCUGGUAGUUUUUAUUUUUGUGUUUCGCGCUUUCGGCAGAGGCGCCGGAAGAAGGCGCACAUGGUGCAGAUUUUCCGUUUUCCAACUCUACGGGCAAACUCCUGGUUCGCCUAACGGGCAUAGCUUAACGGUCGGUUUUAUGACAGUGCGGUUCUCUUCGUUUACAUUCAAAGUGCAAAACUCCUCAAAGUGGACAAACAGUCGAUUUAUAAGUCUCAAGGAAGAAGAUGGGUGCUGAGAUGCGGCUACUUAGGUUUACGAAGCUGCUCCUAGUGGCACUACCCUUGAUAGCUGUCAUACAUGCAACAAAUGCAGAGGAUAGAAGAAUAGAUACAGAUGGAAUUAGAGCUACAAGAAUAGAAAGGGACCUAGACGGAGUGACCACGGUUCUCCUUGUUCCCGCCCGCCCUGGAAAAUCUGCUCCACCCUUAGGUCUUUUAACGAAGACUGCAAGAACUUUCGUACAAGAUGGUGCAAGUACCGAAUAUGCAACUCAGGUUCUUGGUACGACGUUAGACAAUGGUCGCCUUUACGCGAGAAUUUUGUCAACCUCAAGUAGAGUCUUCUACGAUAGAGAACCCUCUCCCGACCCUUCAAGUGCAUUUGUGGUGUAUCCCUCUCGCGACCCGCAGGAAGAUUUGCAAUAUAAAGUGGAGUUAGAGAAUGCACCCAUCAGUGUCAUUGAAAGAAUUGAAACUUCAGCAAGCGAGUCUUCUGGUGCCGAAGUAAAAUCGGAGGAGAAAAAUAGUCUGAGUGAAAAUGAUGUUUACCAGAAUCAUUAUUUGAAUAGUGACACGCAACAAUUUAAACCAGCUAAGGUACGACCAGCUGAGGACUUACCAACCUACACAGUGAAACAGGAAUACGUGUCUCGAUUUGCUUUUGAUUCCGCUUUAGAUGAAGAAGAAGAAGUCAAGAAUUUUCGAGCUAGAGUUCCAAAGAUUUUCAAGACACCCGCGACGGAAGUCACAAAAAAACCAGAUCCUAAGUCUUUAGCAACUGUUACUUAUCACGGUUUCGCGGAUUUUACGACGACUGUAGGGGAAACAGUCAUCGUUUUUUCACCAAGUACUUCUCCAGCUCCAAUCGGCCGACCCGCAACUACAAUCAAAGGAGAUGCCACUUUACGACCAGAUGAUGGAAUUGCAGUUCUCAAAAUAAAACCCACUAACGUUUCUGUUAGCCAGAAAAAAACAGACCUACCUAGUAUGCGAAGUCGUCCUCAAGGUGAAAGAUAUCCACCACGAAAUUUAGGCACAAUGAAUAAUGAUGACGUCCUAAACUUACAGCCUAGUCUUAUCAGUGAUUUAGAAUACGUAACAGCUGUCGAAUCAACAGCACCUCUUCUACUUGAUGCUAAAACUGAUUCGCUACAACCCACUGGUUUAUUGAAUGUUAUUGAUUCCACAGCAUCUCUAGAUGGAACCACAACUCACUACAAGAGUUUGAUUUAUGGAACCUAUUUUGGAACAAACUAUGCACAAGUUAUUCAUACCUCAUCUAACGUCUACUAUUUCCCUGAUGAAUCCAGUGCUACUUCAGAAGAUAGUACUCCUAGAGAUUACACAACAGCAGAAGUUGAUACUGAAGAAUACGCGUUAACAACCGAAGACGGUUUGACUACUCUUAUCCAAGAGACGACUGAAAAUGCUCCAACGACUCCUAGAUUCAGAUUAAGAGGUUCUGCAAAACUUAGACCUAAGCUUCGACCGAAUUUAUCCGUUGUACCCAAAAAACCCAAUGCGACAGAUGAUACCUCAAAUGUAAUCGUUCCUUUAGAUCCCCAGGGAAGAAGUAUCAAAGGUGGCGCACAAAGAAAUCAAUUAGGCGCUGACAAAAAUCAAAGUUUAAGACUUUCAAAUGAUAAAGUCUCGUUGUCAACAAGAUUAUUACCAUCAACCAUUUUUAAAACUUUCACCUACUUCACAACGUUCUUCAUUCCUGGCAAAAAUGACCAAACCACUGCUUCUGUUAAAACUCGUGAAGCUGUAUCAUCUGAAGUAACGUACUUGACCGAAUUGAUAUUGCCAACUGCGACUCAGAUUGGUCCAAGUCUUUUAGAAACUCUGAUUACGCCUCAAGUUAAGAAGAAGCUUCUGCCUACUCCAAUUAUUGAAAGCUCUUCUAUUUCUAAAAACGAAGAUCAAGAAAUCGAAUUAAUAUUUAAAACCUUAUACACAACUUAUACUUAUCUAACUACAUUCUUCCAAGAAAAUACCUCGAGUGUAUCAAGCCGCGAGGUAGUGGAGACAAAUGUGAUAACUCAAACAUUAGGACCAAAUGGUGCAUCAGUAGAUAUCAGUGGUCUUUUCGAUGACUCUGAAUCGAUUUUAAUUGCUCCAACGAGAGUUGUUCCAGGAAUCUUAUCAACAAAGCUGAAAAAGGAUCAGAAGAUAACUACUGAGACUCCUAUUUCUUCAACCAUUAUUGAAACUACUGAAGACACACUCACAGCAUUAGUAGAUGAUUUAACUACUGAAGAAGUUGACGAUGAGAUAAAGCAAUUGGAACCUAGUGAGAGUGCAGCUUCGAGCACAAAAACAUAUGAGCAAGUUCAAAAAACGUAUUAUACGACUUAUACCUACUUCACAACAAUCUUCGUCGAAGAUGAAACUGAGAUAGAAACCAGAACCGAGAUCUUCACAAAUGUCGUUACUGAAAGUAUUCAACCAACUUCAGUUAGAGCUGCAUCAGCAAGUUCCAAAGCAACAGAGGAACCAAAACAGUCACCACCCCCAGAAAUUUUAGCUUAUCUAGAAGCUCUAAAGAGACAAAAAUCUCAAGAAGAAGCCCUUCAGUUAGCGAAAAAAGUACAAGAAGAAGCUGUAGAAACUACAGAGGAAAGUUAUGAUUACGUGACAGCAGAUGAUGUUAGUGACUUCGACACAAAUCUGCCUACGAACUUUGAAAGCAAAACUACUACAGAAAAAAUGAACGUGAGACCAAACGCUCGAAUCGAUGGAGAAGUCUUAGGAUCGAUGAUCACCGAUGUAGUAUCAUCUUCCAGUUCUGGAGGAGAAACGUUCUUAGAUGUAGCCGACAAAAAAAACAUUGUUCCAGAAGAUCAGGAAAUUUCUGAAUCAAAUCACCAUGAUGUUGAGCCUGUUCCUACCCUAUUAUUGCAAACUAGUUAUACAACAUUCACUUACUUUACAACCAUGUACAAGGGUGAUGCAUCAAAUGUUGUCAGUCGUCUGGAAACAGUAACAAACGUUGCUACAGAAACAAUUCAGCCAACUGUUGCACUUCGAGCAGAAAGUAGCACUUUGCCUGUUACUUAUUUCACAACCUUUACUUACUGGACUACAUUCUACAAGGGAGGUGACACAAUUACAACUAGUCGUGAAGAAACUGUCAGCAACGUUGUUGAACCAGGAAUUGAGCCUACACCAACUUUGGAACUUGGAUCAGUGAUGACAUACAGGCCUGAUGUAGUAGCUACUCCUAUUCACGUAGAGUCUGAAAAAGAAAAGGAACUUAAAAUUACUGCUGACAACGAGGUUGCUUCAUUCAAGCCCAUCUUGUAUGAGAAACCAGUCACUAAAGAAAUAGAAAAUACAUGGAACGGAAUUGAGACUGUAAACGCUAGUCCUGUUGAAGCCUUAGCUUCAACAAUUUCUCCAGACCCAACAACUUUUUAUACUACAUACACCUACUUCACUACAUCUUAUGUAGGAGAUUCUACUAUUUUGAAUAGCCGAUUGGAAACUGUCACAAGUGUCUACGACCCUCAUGAAUCUGGGAAUAAGGCUACUGGUCGUGCGAUAGGAGGAGUUUUACCAACGAUACAGAUUUUUGGUACAAAUGAAAAGUCUUUAAAUGAAAUUGCGCCUUCUAAAGCAAAAGAGGCAGCUAAAAUGGGUUUAAUAUCUACUGUGAGGUCGAGCGAAGUCGUAGAUGACACAACAACCCAUUAUAUGACAGAUGUGUAUGGAACUUUUAUUGAUGGUAUAUACGCUCAAGUUGUAAAGAGUUCAACAAAACUGGAAACACCACUCUUGUCAACUUUUGCGUCAGCUACGCCUUCCUUACCUACUGGUGUCUUAUCAUUGAACAAAGGAAGCAUAAUAGAUGCAGAUAAAAUUUCUACUAUUUAUUUCACAACCAAGCAAAUUGGUACCUUAAUCAAUGGUCUUUAUGCCAAGGUUAUCGAAAGCACAUCUAGCACGAAGAUUGAUGAAGCAAAACUAGCAACACAUUUUCCAGUUCGUGGACAUCGUACAGGUUUAGUGAGAUUGAUUCAAGGAAAUAUUGUUACCAACGAUACCUCAAUAUUUUAUGAAUCGAAGGUUAUUGGUACCAGUAUCGAUGGAAGAUAUGCUCAAAUUAUCGAAAGUACAUCUAGUUACUUGACAAAUCCUAGCUCAGCUUAUAUAUUGGCUCCAACUGCAACUUUUAAACCUAAUCAUGCAACAGGAGUAACCGAUAUUUCUCCUUCACCAGCUGUCAUUCAAUCCUCUUUAUCAGAAGAUACUACUUCCAAUAACGAAGAUGAAUUAGAGGAAGAUGAAGAGGAAGACGAAGAAGAAGAGGAGGAUGAAGAGGGUCAGAAAAAUACAAAAAAAUCUAGGUUGACCUUUUCCAGUAGGAAGAGGACCUUCACUCCUGUCAUAAGACCAUUUGCAUCUAGAAACAGACCCACCUUCGCUCCGAAAAGGAAAAAUGCCCAAGGUGCUACAACAAUUACGCGAUCAGAUGUUACCCCUACAGUCACUGCAACAUUGGCAGGAAAAGCUAACAGGUAUGCUUCUUCUAGAGGAAGGGUGACUUCGCCGAUUGGUCCUUACUCAUCAACUUUAUCUCCAUCAAGUUCUAGAAGAUUUUCUGGCAGAAGAGUUUCAGCAACAGCAAGUUCUGCAUUUACCUCUGGAGCUCCAUUGGGAAGUACAAGAGGCAGAGCUCAAGGCAGAAUAACGUCUUCAUCAGCCUUUUCUGGAAGUAGAAGAGGACCAUCUUCUGUAAGAGGUUCUUCAGCCAGACCAGCUUCUCGUAUUGUAUCUAGUUCAGUUUACCCUGGAGCGUCCAGUAGAUACAACAGGCCUGGAAUUAGACCAUCUUCAACAUUAGCCAAGGUCUCGUCAACUGUUCGUCAAGAGGAUCAAGAAGACAAUGCAAACGAAUUUACUGCAACAACUAUAGUAACGGAGGAAACUCCUUACACAAUUACUGAUGAAGACGUGACGGUUACACCUGCUUUGCAGACAACUACCGAAUCUCCAAGAAGAUCGACAAAUCCUCUACUGAGAUUCCGUAGUAGACCUCUUCUAGGAAGUGGACCUUCUAGAGCAAAUAUUACUUCGCGAACAACAAGUACAACUCCAAAAAGGGCUAAUAAUUUAACGAGGCAAAAUGGGGUUGUCAGUCGCACAAGAGCAAAUCUGAGGCAAACUACUCCUCUGCCUUCCAUUAGACCAAGACAAACUCAAACUGGUCUGUUUCCGCGAAGAGGACUUUUUGGCAAGACACCUGAACCUGAAGCAGUCACUGAAAGCGUAACCCAGCAUUUUGAAGCUGAUAAUACAGAUAAUUUGGAAGAUGAUCCAGUAGAAGAAAUAUCUGAUAACGACUAUGAGGGUUCAGAGCAUGAGGAGACUCCUCCAGCUCGUAAUACCUCUCGGACAGAUAAGUCUUAUAAAAGACCUGUUCAAAUCAGACCAUUUAAUGGAUAUGGAAGAGCUCGAAGAACUCGUCGUGAAGCAAGCCAAUUGAGGUCAUACAGCAAUCGCUUUCGUAGACCAACGUCUCAACCACAAGCUAAACUAGAAGACAGGUUGGAUUCGGAUGUGGCAUCAAGUGACGAAGACAUUAGCAAAACUUCAUCAAAGUACUCGAAAUACGGAACCCGUGGCAGAUCACUCCCUUCGUCAAGACCUAGUCCAAAUUCCAACAAACCUGUUACAGGUACUCAAAAAUUAUCAGUAGAAUCCAGCGAAGGCAUUAAUCUUCGCGCAAGAACAAAGCCCUCAUCAAACCGAAGUAAUUCACCUCGCGUAAAACCUUCGCCUGUAUCGGGAUCUUCACGACAGUUUACUUUAAGAGAAAAGGAUGUUUCAAACAGACCAACUUAUAAAAGGCCCAAUACAUCAUCAACUAGACCCAAAACCAGUUCUAGAUUGAGGAGUGGAUCUACUAGAGACUCUUCAAGAAGGCUUUCUAAUUCGCGAACUUCAUCUCGACCUGGCAGUAAUCGCAACAGUAACAGAAGAUUACCAUCUAGAUCAAGAGGUGGUUCUCAUGAAGAUUUUAGAGAAGCAGGAUUCGUUUAUCCUGACACUGAUGGAACUAUUACUGUGACUCAUUACGUGCCUGUUGAAGUAACAGUACCUUUUGUUAAUAAUGGAAUAACCGAGAAGCGAAACAUUGUUACAGCACAACCUAGUACUCAGGUGUUGGCUCCUGAAUUGUACAGUACUCUCCUUGGAGGAGAUGGGAACCCACUUGUUGUAAUAGCAAGUCAAAUUACAUCAACUAAUCCACAGGGCCAAGUUGAAGUAACCCGAUUCUUAUUGCAUGAGAAGCCCACAUCACGAGUCUCUUAUACUUUAACUACUUUGGGCGGUCGCAGAGCGUCUCAAUCCGUCAUUAUACCUUCAACCAUUUAUUCAGUAGAAAAUGUUGUAUCUACCAUUCAGCCUUCCCUUCCUGGUGCAAACUCCCCAUUGGCAAAUAUUCUAUUGUCACAAUUACUUCUUGGUCAGUUGGGUCAACAAAAUGCAUUGCUAGGUGGAAUGCCUUCACAGGCUACCCCGACUACGCGGUUUGAUACACGCACUACAUCUUAUGUAACAACCAUCACUAAUCUUCAAAGUACUAUUAUCCCUUUAACAUUCCGUGGGAAGGAAAUUUUGACUACGAUUGUAGAUUCUUCUACUGCUGUUGUCACUGCGACAGAAUAUAUUACUGAUACAGUUGUAGUGACGCCAACUGCCGCAAUACCAGCAGCGAACCUUAAUUCAUUGCUAUACCUCCUACAACAACCUGGUUCACAGCAACAGCCAAAUCCAUUGUUGGAUCCGCUUUUUGCAGCAGCUCCAUUAGCUUCGCAGAGCAAUACAUUACCAGGAGAAGUUGAGCGGAGAUACCAACCAGCUGAUUUUGACUACAAGCCAGACAACUAUGAUGAUUCAAUUGAAGAAGAGACAGAAUCGCCUGCAAGAUCACGAGUUCGAAACAAAGGUGCCAGUAAAGCCACUGAUAAAAAGGAAACAGUUGGACCAGCCGCACCUCAAUCAAGUGUUAUAACUCUCUUUGUUUCCGGUCGGAGGCCAGGAGAGUUCAGUACAGUUUUAAGUACUGUGAAAAUCGGUGAAGAGAGUAGUGCACCAAGAAAAAGAAGAUAUGUAGAUGUACAAGCAACUGCAUCCUUACACUCAUCUUUGCCUUUUGCAUCAGAAUCAGAAGGUAAUAUCGUAGCUGGAAGCGAGGAGCCAGCUGAUUAUACGCCGACUCAGAGUCUUGAGAGUGUAGUGGGAAAAUGGAAAAAUGCCUUUUCAGAUGAAUACCAAGUUUCACUCGAUGAGGCUAAUAGAAAGAGGAAGCUUUACUACCUGGAACAAAGUAUGUUCUCGCCAGAGAAGCAUCCUGAUGACAUAGAUGACACACUUGCUGGAAGGGUACAAAAUUAUAACUAUGAUGCGAUGGAAGAAAACCAACCAAAAAGAGUUCGUGUUCGGGUUCCUGUGGUGCGAAGUAGAAAUGGGAGGCAACAUGCUCGAACUGUUGUUAGACGUAGACCUUUGGAACCUUACACGAAAAGUUUUGAAGCAAUCCAAGUUAGUGAACUUCGCUCACAUACACCAAGAAGAAUUGUUGUUACUCGCGUACGUACCUUAGGGCCCCUGCAAUCUUCUGCAUACGUUAACGAAUUGCCAAAUAUAGACUUCCAAUCGACAGAUUUAGGGAAACACAAGGUAACAAUUACUCGGAGAAGAAAAAUUAGACCUAAUACAGUUUCGACUUUCCACCGAGAAAGAGUUACCCGAAAGAAACUUGUUUCAGUAAGACCAAUUCCACAGCCUUCACCAACCUUGGCUAUUAUUACGACUGGAUUCUUUACAGCCCCAUCUGAUGAUGAAGAUGAAGAAUAUCCUGAAAAUGAAGAUAUAUCAAAUACAGAGGACCCUAAUGUGUUUACCCCUAAAUUAAAGGAAACUCCAAAUACUAUUGAAAAUAAACCGUCACAUGAGGGUGAGAUUUCGGAUCUAGAAUAUAAAUUGAAAGAAGAUACUAAGACAUCUGCUGUAGAUUCUCCGGUCAUAAUAACCGAUAACUUUUUCUUUCCUACUGCACAAGGCGAUAAUGGUGAUAAUGGUGAUGAUGAUGAUAAUUAUGAUUAUAAUGAUGAUGUUGAUGUUCCUGAUGAUGAUGAAGCCAAUGUGGGAGAUGUGGAAUAUAUAAGUAGAAUUGAAACUACUCCUGCCCGAAAUGAUGAAAGCUUGCUGACGAAAAUGGAAGAUGUAUCUAUUACAGAGAAAUCUGAAGACCUGGGGUCUGUUACAAAAGAAAUUCUUACGACAGAACAACUGCCUGAGACAACAAAUAAAACUAUUUCCGAAAAACCUUUAUCACUUGAUGUAUUUACAACAACUGAAUCUUCAUACGGUGAUUUUAACACAUCUGAAUAUGAUUCAACAACUUACGAUGAUCUCGACACUACAUUGGCUCCUAUCGAAAUUAAUGACACUCUGCUUGAAAAAUCUAAAACCACAAGCAGUGAUACCACCGAAGAAACUGGUGAAAAAUCAGUUUCCGAGAUCUCUCUUGCUGAAUCUACGAGUACCGAACAACCUGAACCUGUCAACACCACGCCACAAUUUGACAAGGAAACCGUUCCUUCGAUCAUUAGUGAUGAGUCUACCACUCUACUUGAUUCGACAACCACUGAACCUUCUCUCGAAGAUUCUGAUGAUAAUUUAACUGUCAAGCCCUUAGAAAGAUAUCCUGAUAUUAUAUCAUCUGAUGAGGUUGAAGAGUUAUUUGAUCUUCAAUCUUCAACACUCUCCGAUAGUGAUUACUUCACAAACUUCGAUGACUCUGACAUUCCCAGCGUCAUACCCUUGGAUACUGAAUCCUCUUACGUUUUGGAAAGCAGUAAAAUCAAGACUGCUUUAAAAAUGACCAUUCUUGAGGGCUCCCCCCCAGUUCCGCAAUUAACAACAACUUUUACAUCGCCAACUCCAGAAGAUAUUGAAGCCGGACUGUCUGAUGACUUGUAUUUGUCUCUCUCUCGUCCCGAUUUUCCACCAAUUUUCGCGUCUAAGCCGCUAAUCGAUUCGGUAUUACCGUCAUCACCAUUUUCUGGUCUGGUGGUUCCAACACCAGAAUUGAUAACUAGCAUCUAUUAUACUGAAACAAUUGUUACGUCAACAAGACUGAGAACAUACACGUAUGUUGUGACGAAACUUAACGGACUAGAGACCGAAGUUACCUCGUCUACUACCAUUAGACCGAGAGUCACGACGCUAACUUUGACAGUACCUAUAACAGUGACAGUGACUCCUUCCGCGGAAAUGACAACCAGCGUCGCGACAUUCGACACUAAUCUAGAACUUAUUACUGAAUACACAGGAAAGGAGGAUAAAGGUGAGGGGGAAGGGGAAGGACGAAAGUUUAAUCUCGCGACAAGAGUCAUGUCCAACGGUGUGGAAGUCAUCGUGGCAGGACCGACGCCAGCUCUUAGGUGGGAGAAUUCUAAUCCUCAACCGACAUUAACCUUAUCAGAUACAGUUGUUAUGCUUCUUCCGCAAGAAAAGCCCAAUGAGUUUGUCACUAAAACUUGCACAACAACAUUCACCUACCUUAAUACAAUUACGAAGGAUGGUUUGACAAUUGUGUCUACUGAUCAACAGGUUAUUGCUAAUACCGCAACUGAAGAGCGCCACAGAAAGCCAGCCUCAGAAGCUGCUGCAUACACACUGGAAGCUUCACCCACUUUGCGCACUGAAAUCUUUAAAACAACAUACUCCUAUUUAACACUAAAUACGGAUCAUCCCGAUGAAAAUAAUGCUCUAGAAAGUAGUUCGAGGGUCAUUACAAAUACAGUAACUGCUCCUCAAUAUUACUUGGACAUGAUACUUGAGCCAUCGGAAGCACCAAGGCCAGAAACAAACACUUAUUUGAGCACGAGAGUUCUGGAAAAGACAGUUAUGGAAGAUGGGCGAACUAGAAUGGAAAUGAUGAGCGAGACCGUGACUCAGCUAAUAAUAACGGAGUCUGCACCACCACCUCCACCUAUCAGCGUUGAAACUACUCUGACGGCAUUGGAUGAAAAUGAAAGUCCCACACCAGACAUUACCAAGACUUAUUACAUUACCUACACCUAUUUUAACACCUUCUUGGAAAAAGAUAGUACUGUCAUUAAAACUAACAUCGCAACCUCUACUGACUAUGUCUUAGAAAAAGCACCAAAGCUUACUUCCAUCAAGUCUGUUCCUGUUAAUCAAACUCCUGAUCCCAUUAAAAUAUACGCUACUAAGACCUACUUGACGACCUUUACAUAUUUUACAACACUACUUCAGGCGGGUCUGGACGGGAAAACUGCAACUACGAUCUCAUCACGAUCUCACAUCGUGGAGAAUGUUGUCACUGAAUCAAUUGAGCCAAGUUUACUUGAAGCCGGAUAUAUGAAUGCUCUCCUAACAACGGCUCAGCAUUCUGAUCCUGUGAAGAACGUCGUGACUGGAUCCACGAUUAUUUUCUUCGAUGAUGAAGAGGAAAUCGACCCCACAUUGAGUAGCAAUUCAUACGAUAUGGUUGCAACAGCUAGUAAUGAAAAUAUUGAAAAGGUACCAGAAAAUCAACCUGGACUUGCUUCAUCAAACAAUCCAAGUACAUCAGAAUUAGAAGAUUCAACCUUCUUACCCGAGGAACAAGAGUCUUCUAUUCAGGGAGAAAGCGUGCCACCUGAGGCAGUGAACGUUCAAAAUAAAAAACCUUCACAAAGCUCAGACCUUCAAGUGAGCAAUCUUUUAAGCUUAGGAUCUCUUGGAAUCAAUAGUCUAUCGGCUUUGGGACCAGUAAUCACUGCGAUGGCGGGUUUACUACAAGGAAAAUCAGCUAAUCGUAGAAACGAUACUGCAGCAGCACCAGUAGUACCCGCAGCAUUAACAACUGAAGCUCCAGAAACAACAACCCCAAGAGCACCCAUUUAUAUUCCUGUUGCUGAAUUUGCUGAUGGAGACAUAGAAACCGCCGAAAGUCAAAAUAUUGCACAUCUGGUGAAUGUGAACCACAACCACAUCCCAGAGACACGUCACAAAGUAACAGCCAGUCUUGCUGAUGGAAUACCAAUAUCUCCUGGGGAAGUAAUCACAGCAAACAGUGAUGUAAUCAUCGGAAAACCAGGAAAACUGGGACCCAGCCCACCACACACAUUUGGGCAGGAAGAUCAGAAUAUUGGCAUGAAGCCGCCACCUAUUUCAGUUCCUAAUAUUCCAGUACAUCCUGUUCUCGAAGUUGUUGAAGAUAACCGAGACGAUUCAAGACAUAGAGAUAUCUCCCAAUUUAGUAAUGAUCAACUUGAAAUAAUUCCAGCGUAUCAGAUUUAUGAGCAGCACAUCAAUGGUCCAAGUAGGCAUCAUUCAAAUCCUUCUAAAAGACCACAAGGACAUCCUCCACAAGCACCACCUCCCCCUAAAAGAAUUAGCUCAAAACACGACAUUUUGGAGAAUGAUCCUUUAUUACGACCCCCUAACAGAGUUAACGCAGAAGAAUACCCACAUCAGUAUGGAGAGGGUCAAGUUGACAAGUCUAAAUUACCAUGGAGUUCGAAGAAUCCUUUCAAUCCUACUCUGCCCAGUAAUCAGAUGAAAACAUCCCUGAAAAAUAAACACUGGUUUGACGAUCAAAAUGUUCAUAAUUGGUCUCAAAAUAAGCAAUCAAAUUUAGGAGCCUCUGAAGUUGCCCAAGAAUCUGAGUCAAGACCCACUUUAACUGAGCCAAUAGUUCACCAAGUGCCGCACGUAAUCGACAGAGGAACAGGUCAACCGUUACUCGUCAAUAUUCAACCAAGUCAAGUAGCAAAUGUUGUUAUUCCUCAAGGUGGUACACAAGCCCUGAUUUUCGGUGACAACAAUGAACCCCAUAUUAGUGGACAAUAUUUUGACGAUCCAUCACCUUACCCUGAACCAGAAGACGAUCCAGGAUUUUCAAUAUCAAAGGGAGAAAAUAUACAUCAAUACGAAUUAGAAAACAAUCCAGCUGAUUACAUGAUGCCUCCUUCACCACCUAAAGAUUACAAACAAGUCGCUCAGAAACCAAAUAACUCUCAGCGACCACAUGUGAUUCCGUUAUCACAAGUGCAAGUUCAUCGCGAUUUUAUUAAGCCACAUGCUACUUCAAUUUUAAGACCUCUUGAACGUUAUCCCAUACGUCGUCCGGAAGUUCCUGGUACAUUAAGUGGACAAGGGCACGUUCAUACCGAAAUUUUGGUUCACCACAAACCAGAAACAGUAAAUUUGCGACCUCAGCCUGUUUCUAAAAGACCUCCUCAGUUUCAGACGCAACACUUUCCACCUAGACGAGAUUUUCAGAUUAAAAACCCAACGGAAAUUACUCCUCCAAGAAGAACGGAAAUCUCGACCGAAAAACCUCACCAUGAGUAUAUUGCUUCUAGCAAUUCAGAUGCUGGAAAUGAGGUGUCGAUUGGCUCAAAAUGGAAAUUGGAUCAAAAGCCACAAAGAAAUCCAUUGACAAGGCGACCAAGGCCUUCAUACAGACCCCGUUAUCCAACGAGAGGAGCAAUACAUUUGAAUAAUCGAUCUCCUCACGUGGAAAGACCCGUAAUCAGGCAACCGCUACUUCCGACUAGCCAGAGGCUACCGAAACCACAAUCUGAAAUUGACUUUUUAAAUCGUUUUGGAAAUAAUCAACAAAAUAGUUCUACAGAGAAGACAAAAUCAGAUUUUCCCUACAAAAUAGUUUCAAAUAUGCAACAACCAUCCAAUAUCGAUAAUUCAAAUAAUGUUGUUCACCGGGAUACAAUUUCGAAUUUCUAUCAGGGUACGCAUAAUGCAGAGAAAGUGCUACCUUUAAUUACUCAGACAGAACGUACUGAUGAACACAUCCCAACAGGUGCAGUCGAAUACAAAAAUCCAUCUUCAGAACCACAAAUGAACAACGCUAAUAAACAAUACUCACAAUCUCAUAAAUCGACUAACCAAGCAGAAAAGCCAGUCCCAGAUUCAGAGACUUCUGCCUCUAGUCACGUUAAAUUUUCUACAGCUUAUGAAGAUCAUGACAAUUCUGACGAUAACGAAGCAUCAGAGACUCAGACUGAACAUUUUAACUUAAAAAUUGAAAAUUCCACCACUCGUGAUCGAAAUACGUAUAAAAAACCUGAGAGUGAUAACCAAAAGCCACAAGUGUCUUUCCAAUAUAAUAAGAAAGAUGGCCAAAGACUUGAACAGAAUGUCCGAGAUCAUUAUGGGGUAAGGCCUUAUGAGACGCCUAUAAUACAAGGAAAACCAUUUGGUGUCUGGAAAGAUCAUAAAAAUGGAUCUCCUGUUUAUGGUGUUGUUCAAGGAACUCCGUAUGGGUACCAUGAAGUCAAUAGUUUCACAAAAUUACCUGGUCGUGAUGAUACAAUUGAUUUGAAACCACCAGCCAUAAUUCCACACUUUGAACCUAAUGGGCAUAGUAGACCCUACGGUGGCCUUGAAGUUCAACCAGGUAAUUUUCAACAACCAGAGAUAAUUACAAAACCUCCUCCAAACUUCAGUAACAGGCCACAACAGCCUGCCAGACCAGAUCAAUCUGAGUUUGUUCUCUUUGGAGAAGGACAUAUCCAACCAGGUCCUGGUCAAGUCAUUAGUAUAAAUGCAGAGCCAGAUUGGAGUGUAAAUCACGAUCGAUCUAAAAAUCAAACUCUAGGAAAGCCUUCUCGAAGACCCGCUCUUCAAUAUGAGAGUAGUAACUCUAAAGCAACCGUAACUCACACUGCCUCAUCUCGACCAGAACAAGGAUCUGGCAUUCGAGUUCAUCCAGAAUAUCCACAUAUUAUUACAAAAACAAAACCAAAAGUUCCUGCACCCAUAAAUGUUUCAUCCGGUUCUUCAAAACCAUCUGAAUCGCAUAAACGACCAAACGUGCAAUUCUCUUUACCUAUUGAAGCUAUGGGUGAUGAAGAAGAUAGUAAAACUCAAACUGAAAGACCUCCAAGUUUACUUGUUAAGAAACCUAGGCCAAACAAAGAACCACAUGAUGAAACACUGGAGACCGCUUAUCAAACUAACUUUGCAAGCAAUGACUCGAAAGAAAAUGCUAAGCAAGAUGCAAAUGAUGGUUCACAGAGAAAGGGUGAUUCCACAACUUCCAAACCUAAAGUACCUUCUCAAAACAUGAUGCCACCACCUAGAGUUCCCACAAGUAAACCUAAGCAAAAAGAGAAGAAAAAAGAGCAAGAAGAGGGACUUAAACCACCACCUUAUCCGUCAGAUGUGGUUGGAUUGUCACCUCCACCAGUAGAUAUAACGACCACAAAACGUCCAGUUGAUUCAGAAAUUAUCACUGCAGAUGAAUCUGGCCUGAGACCACCACCUUUGGAUAUUUCUUUGCAAGAAUCUGGUAAUAAACCUACAACACCACCUGCACCAAGUAUUAAUAUGGUACCACCAAGUCCAAAACCUUCUCACAUUAGACCAUUCCUCGCAGAUAUUUUAUCGGAGGACAUGGUACCUCCAUCUCCAGUAGUAAAAACUUCCAAGCCUUUGGAAAUAGCUUCUAUGAGUCCAGCUGUGGCUGUAUCUGGAUCUAUUCAGAUAGCAACUGCUGUCGCAACUUCACACAUUCCAGUUAUGCAUGACAUAGAAUCAAAAAUUCCAAUUGUACAUGGUACCGUGGACUUACCAGUUGUUAUUGACGUGCCGGAAAUUCUUAGACCUGUUGAAACUAGAAAGUCGGAACACGUUAGCAUUUACACUGCUAGACCUUUUGAAACAAGACCAGUGUCUAAGGUUUCCAUCCAACCUUCAGCGAUUUCGACAACCAACUUGGUUAUACCAACAAUAAAGAAAACAUCCCAAUUCAAUCACAUUGAAUCAAGCAAGACUGCAACUAUGGAAACGCCUACGACUUUGAUUCUAGCUCAACCUACCCUUAAAUCAACCAAACGACCAGAGUAUCCAGUAUUCCUUGAAUCCAGUAUGGAAAAUAUUGUUCCAUCUACCAGAGUGGAAUCAACAGAAACGCUUUCUUACACUACAACUUCCGAAAAAAAAGAAAGAAGACCUACAAGUACUCUCAGAGAUUCAGCGACCAAAGUUCAAAAACCGUCACUAAUACAGCCAACAAGAUAUAAUAUCAAAAAUAAUACUGACAACGCUGUAGUCUACAGUAUCAUAACAAAGGUUGAAAGUUCUGUUAGCAAAUAUCCAGCAAAUACUCAAAAACCAAUGAGAGAACCUGUGGUUCCAAAACAAGAGGAUAUUGCGGUAGUUAAGGAAAUUGUAGGAACCGUUGUGCAUGAAGUUAUUCAUAACGGAUCUGCGACUGUCGAAAUGAAGCCAAAGGAGUUCACAAGGUUCAAGACAUUGACCAUCACAAGAACUCAAACUUCAGUUUUGGGAUCACCUCCUUCCACCAGAACGCUUUUGCACACACAUACUUUAACAUCAACCUCAGUGGAAACAAUAACAGAAACUCUUGUGCGUCCGACAAGUGUCAUCUCCACGAUCACUUCCACUAUUCUGCAAUCCAUUCCUACAUCUUAUGAAGAUGAUGACAACGAUGAUUCCAUUGAUUCCAUCUUUGUCGUCAUGAGCGACCAGAACCCUCCAGAACCUGGAGCUGAAGAGGUGGAAGCAGAAUAUGGUGACGAGGUAUCUCGGGAUGAACAAGAUCCAGCUGGCAAUGAAAUUCACAGAGUAUUAGCUGGUGGUAUAUUAGGUGCUCCUGUGAUUCCUCUUCAUCCUAACAUUAACCAAUGUGUUCCUGAGUGUAAAGCUUCUAAAGCUGAAAUGUGUUCAGAGUUUAAUGGAGAGAUGCGGUGUAUCUGUAGGCCUGGUUUUGCUAGGAUGUUCUCUGACCGUCCAUGCAAACCAACUUACACGUACACACUUCAUGUUGGCCUGGAUCGUAUCGGACGUGACAAUAUUGUAUACGUUAAUGGUAUGAAUGACACCAGCUCUUCAGAAUAUAGGCAAUUAGUCCCACCAGUAAAGGAAGCUUUAGACAGAACUUUGAUGCAAAGUGAUUUGCGAGAUCUCUAUCAAGGAGUGAAAAUAGCUGGCUUUGCGCCUAAUCCUAUGCAAGUGAAGUUCCAUGUCUAUCUAUUCGAUAAUGCAAAUGAAACACGUUUAAAAGAAGUUAUCCGAAAAUACCUUGUCAGAAGUAACUACAGUCUAGGUGGUACUGAGGUCUACGCUUCAAAGAAUCUUAGCCUGGUACAAGCCACUGACUUUGAUGAAUGUAUCAUCCAAGAAGACGGAUGGUCUCAUCAUGAUUGUUCGAUGAAUGCAGUCUGCUUCAAUCUACCUGGAUCAUAUCAGUGUUCUUGUAAGGAAGGAUGGGCUGAUUUAUCAGAAAAUCCUACAUAUCCUGGAAGAUUCUGUUCUCAAGCUCCAUUAGGAUGUUCUGGCUGUAACAACAAAGGCCGCUGUGUGAUUAAUUCUCAAGGUCAUAAUACUUGUGAAUGUUUCCCUUGGCAUACUGGUCAGAAGUGUCAAGUAAAUCUGAAAGUGUUACUGAUAGCUCUCGUAACAACUGGAGCAAUUUUACUCGGAUUAUUAGCAGUUUGCGUUGGCUUAGCCUGUUUCCGUCAUCCUGGAAGAAGACGUUCUUCUGGGGACAGACGAGCGAUGAUUCCUGGAACCGGUGCUGGUGGAGACACAAGCAGUGAAGGCAGUGUUACCGAAUUAGCAAUUCCUCAUCAUGUUCCUCAUGUAUUACCACCUCCACCACAAAUGAUAGCUCCAGCUCCCCCUGCCAAGAGACCUAUCAGAAAACCCAGCAAUAAGCUUAAGCAUCAACCAAGAAAGGUUGUACCGGUAGUUGCUCCUGUUGCAAAUAAUAAUACCGAACAGCGAGACCGUUCCUUAACAGUAAUGAUUCCGCGUGCCAAGUAUCGAUCAGCACCACAAUCAUCUCAACCCAAUUAUAAACCUAUGAUCAAGAGCACAUUCUCUGUUGAAGAACAUAAAUUAAUUGAUUAUCUUGAGGGCGGUGUCCAUCCUGGUAUUAGAAAACCAAGUUUAGUUAAUAAUAACGAUUGCAAAGAAGCGGAGGUUCGAGUAAAAAAGAAUCCAAUAUCUCCGGGUGGAGCUCUCGUCAGUGCUGGUUUUCAGGUAUCAGCAACAGUAACGAGGACAAUAGACGCUGAAUCCACGUUAGCACGUUCUUGUGGCGAAACGACGGUGGAACCUUCAACUAAACUUUUACGAACUAGCGAUUUCCAAGGUGACCUUGAAUCCAGUCUCGCUCGAUCUUGUACUGAAACCACAAUUCAGACAACAGCGAAUCAGCUUCUUCGACUAGACCUAGCAGAGGCUGGUUCCACAUUAGCGAGGUCCUGUGGUGAAACAACCAUUCAACCUCCCACGAAAUUAGCUAAUUCCGAUCGAAAGGAUAACAGAGAUGCUCGGGACAGUCACAGUGAUGGUCACACAAUGGCCGAGAGAGACCUUGGCAGUACGUUGCGACUUCCGGCGCAACAUGCACCAUUGUACAAUCCCGAUAGGGCAAACAGUGACAGGGAGUCGAAUUUCGAUUCCUUAUAGCCCGUUUUCGGCAGCUCAAAAGAAGUGGGAACGGUGCCAUGGAUUUGACUUACACGACAUCCAUCAAGUCCACCAGCUCUACUGUCGCGUCCCUGUUCCCUAAAACUCCGACGAAUUUAAGCACAGUGGCAGGCCGCUCCUGGAUUAAAAAGAUUCGUCGAUGCCAAAAAGUGUAACUUACGCGAUCGUAUGUCGACUGAGAGCGUUGUAGAAGGUGUUAAUGUCUGAAAAAAAAUUUUAUGACGCCCUCAGCUGAUGGGCAAUUUGUUCACUUCGAAUGCCUUUUCUUCAAUUUCAAUAUCAAAAUGUUGGAUUGUACAAAACCAGGGCAUUCGGGCGAAUGAGAAACGCGUUCUUAUUGCGUUAUUCAACGUGCCAAAAUAUAGCCAAUGAUAAAAUCUUCCAAGAUCGUAAUUCUCAUCCUUAAAACUUUAAAUAUGUAACCGAUUCGUUUUCUUUCUAUAAAAAUUAAAUUUAAAAACUUUAUAUAGAAAUUGCACGACAAUAUGUGUACUUGACUGAUGAAAAACUUCAGCUAUAGAUCAUGAAAACAGGCGGGAUUAACGAGACAUCAUCAAAUUGAAAAAGAUCUAUUAUUAUACUAUGUAUGAUUAUUAUUAUUAAUAUUGUUGUUAUUUGUUUAUUGUUUAGUCUAUUGUGUACGGGUGAUGUCACAUUGUUCGGCUAUGUUGUGUAUAAAAUUAUAUUUUACUAAGUUAUAGUUAGAUGGGAGAAAUUGUAAACUGUAAAUGUGAUAAGGAAAAAUCUUUUCGUUCUCAUUUUUUGCGGUACAGAUGGAACGAAGCCGUACAAUGUCGCGAAAUAAGACUCGAGGUAGAACCGUGAAGGAUGCGUUGUGCAGGUGGAAUAAUUAUAGCUUUAUCGUUCUAGCAUAAGAGGUAAUAUAACAAACGGAUUGGUGUAUUAAUGAAACUCUCCCAGGCUGAAUUUUAACCAGUGCUCGUCUCAUUUCGAACAUCUAAGACGCUGGCGGUUUAUCAAUGUGUCAAAUUGACACAAGAUCGUACCCUGCAGCAUUCAUAUGUGUGGACUUCUUGUCCACUUAAGUUUGUGUUACUUUUAAAACUCUACAUAAAACUCUGUUGUACAUAUUGCGCUUGUGCAAACUCUUCUUAGUACUACGUUUAAUGAUAGAAUAUUUUUGUAUACAUAUUGUGUAUUCGAUAGUGCCUGUGUACUUAUGUACUUUUAAUAUAAAAUCCGUAACUUGAUGACUAAGA